CGUCGUGAGGCGAAGCCCCAGCGUCUGAGGCGUCGACUGUCGGGCUCCCCGCCGCCAUCCGGCCCUUGCUCGCCCCUCUCAGGCUCUCGGAGCGGCCCCUGCGUCGGCCCGCCCCGCCCCGGCAUGCGCCCCUCGGGCCUCGACGGCCCCCGCGCCUUCCGGCGGCCUCUGCUGCUGCUGCUGCUGCUGCUCCUGCCGUCGCCGCCGGUAGCCCGCGCCCAGGGCACGUCGGGCGCCCCCAGCGCCCCGACCACUCCGGGCGCCCCCAGCGCCCCGACCGCGCUGAGUAACCCCAGCGUCCCCAGCCCCUCGACCACACUGGAGGCCCCCGGCACCCCGGUCACGCUAGGUACCCCCAGCGCCGCGAGUCUGCUGGAGCGUGCGCGGACCCUCAUGCGGAACUUCCCGCUCGUGGACGGCCACAAUGACAUCGCCCUGGUCCUGCGGCAGUUUUACUACAAUAGGCUACAGAAUGUGAACCUGCGAAAUUUCAGCGAUGGCCAGACCAACCUGGACAGACUCAGAGACGGUCUCGUGGGUGCCCAGUUCUGGUCAGCCUACGUCCCCUGCCCGACCCAGGACCGGGAUGCCCUGCUCCUCACCCUGGAGCAGAUCGACCUCAUCCAUCGCAUGUGCGCCUCCUACCCUGAGCUGGAGCUUGUGACCUCAGUUAAGGCUCUUAACAGUACCCAGAAGUUGGCUUGCCUCAUUGGUGUAGAGGGCGGCCACUCGCUGGACAGUAGCCUCUCCAUCCUGCGGACCUUCUAUAUGUUGGGUGUGCGCUACCUGACACUCACCCACACCUGCAACACGCCGUGGGCAGAGAGCUCAACUAAGGGCAUCCACGCCUUCUACAGUAAUGUCAGUGGGCUGACCAGCUUUGGUGAGAAGGUUGUGGCAGAAAUGAACCGCCUGGGCAUGAUGGUAGACUUAUCCCAUGUGUCGGACACAGUGGCACGACGGGCCUUGGAAGUGUCACAAGCACCUGUGAUCUUCUCCCACUCAGCUGCCCGGGCAGUGUGUGAGAACUCCCGGAAUGUUCCUGAUGAGAUCCUGCAGCUUCUGAAGAACAAUGGUGGUAUCGUGAUGGUAUCCUUGUCCGUGGGGGUGCUGCAGUGCAACCCGUUAGCCAACGUGUCCACCGUGGCAGAUCACUUUGACCACAUCCGGGCAGUCAUUGGAUCCAAGUUCAUCGGGAUUGGUGGAGAUUAUGAUGGAGCUGGCGAGUUCCCAGAGGGGCUGGAGGAUGUGUCCACGUACCCGGUUCUGAUAGCAGAGUUAUUGAGGCGUGGCUGGAGCGAGGAAGAGCUUCAAGGCGUCCUCCGAGGAAACCUGCUACGAGUCUUUCAACAGGUGGAACAGGUCCGGGAGGAAAAGAGUGGACAAAGCCCGUUAGAGGAUGAAUUCCCUUGGACAGAUGAACAGCUGGAAAAUCCUUGUCGCUCCAUCCUCCCCAGUCAGCCUCGGAGGCAGUAUAUGGUUCCAGAGCAGAAACUAACCAAGACACCCAGUUUGUCAACUAAGUGGUCAUUCUCAAAAUCCUCCCCUCACCUGGCCCCAGGCCUUGCAGUGAUGGCCACCUUCCAAGUUCUCAUUGUGUGGCUGCGGUGAUCCAGUUAUCCUGCCAUAGGUCCCUGUGGCAGCUCUGCAUACCACACACAGUCCUUCUGUUGUGCAAUCACAAACAUUUCCUGAAAAUAAAUAUUUUA